GUAUGGAAGCAGCUUCUAUGUAAUCGAGAGAGGAAAAAAAAAAAAAAAAAAAAAGGACGGUGACCCGCCGCGGUUAAUGUUAUCGGAUGAGAGAAAGAUGUAAUCCUGCGCUCAUGGAAAAUAAGAAACCAGUAAAUCAUCGAUACUCGUGCGUUCAACAUGGCGAAAAUGUUGUUUCGAAACGUUGUUGUCUGCUGUUAUAUCAUUUCGGCGCUGUUGGUAUCCGACACCUUGGCGAUCGAAGGUGUGAAAGGUGGCCGUCACCGCGUUCAAUAUGAUCGAUCGCAGCUAGCCGUGAACAGCACGACGAUGCAAGGACUUUGCUACAAGAGAAUACGGUAUCAAGAUGCAGUCGAGUUGAACGCCACAGGUCAGUUCCCUCACAACACCCUCCCGAUGACUUCUCAGGAAGGCACGAAAGGCGGAUGGAUAACGAUUUUGGAUUGUUGCGACGGGUACAAGCGGAACCCUGGCUCCGGCGCCUGCGACCCGAUCUGCAGCGAGGGGUGCGUGGGCGGAAAGUGCACGGGGCCGAACGUGUGCAGCUGUUCGCCAGGAUGGGUCGCGGCGAGCGGCGUUUGCGUGCCCUUCUGCGAGCAACCCUGCCAGAAGGACGCCUACUGCUUCUCGCCCAACGUGUGCGCUUGCAAAUUGGGCUACGAGGAGGUGGACGGGGAGUGCAAGCCGAUCUGUCCUCACGGAUGCGUGAACGGCGAAUGCGUGGCGCCCCACGUGUGCAAAUGCGGGCCCGGAUACCAGCUCGAGCCCGGGAUGGAGGGGGCCAACUCGAAAUGCGUGCCGGUCUGCGAGAACGGUUGCCGUAACGGGGAGUGCACCGCGCCCGGAUCGUGCACUUGCCACGAAGGAUUCGUCAAUCCUCGAAACGAUCCCGAAUACUGUAUUCCCGACUGUCCCGCCGGUUGCGCCAACGGCAAAUGCAUCGCCCCGGGCGUCUGUCAAUGCGAGCCGAAUCACGUUCUCAACGGGAGCAACGCGUGCGUGCCCGACUGUCCUCGGGGUUGCGCGAACGGCGAGUGCGUCUCGCCAGGCGUGUGCAAGUGCCAGCCAGGCUUCACCUCGACUCCUCCGCCAACGACAAAUGCGUGCCGACUGCCUCGAGGUUGCGCCAACGGCGAGUGCGUCUCGCCAGGCGUGUGCAAGUGCCAGCCAGGCUUCACCCUCGACUCCUCCGCCAACGACAAAUGCGUGCCCGACUGUCCUCGAGGUUGCGUGAACGGUGAUUGCGUGGCGCCCGGUGCCUGCGCCUGCAAGCCGGGAUUCGCGGUCGAGGCGAGCAGCAAAAAGUGCGUGCCAACUUGUUCCCGAGGCUGCGUGAACGGGAGAUGCGUCGCGCCGGACGUGUGCGAUUGCGAUCCGGGCUACGCGCUCGACGGCGGGGACAAUUGCGCGCCGGACUGUCCCCAAGGUUGCACGAACGGCGAAUGCGUGGCGCCGGGCGUGUGCGCCUGCAACGAGGGCUUCGCGCUCGACCCGGACACCGGUCGAUGCGUCCCCUCCUCGCCGAGCGGGGGGGAAUUCUGCGAGUUGCCGUGCCUGAACGGCGAGUGCACCGGUUUGAAUCGGUGCACGUGCAAGCGUGGCUACGUUAUCAGCCCCUCGGACGUGACGAGGACGAGAUGCGUGCCAGUGUGCUUCGGCGGAUGUCACAAUGGCGUCUGCACGGCCCCCAAUCUUUGCGUCUGUAACCCCGGCUACACGAAAGAGAUCGGAGUCAAGGGGAGGCAAAGAUGCGUCCCGGUUUACUGAAUAUUGAUCAUAGCGUAAUUUCUUUCUCUCCUCUUUCUUUUUUUUUUUUUCUCUAUCUUCGUUGUACGACCGCUUGUCUCGGAGCAGA